UCCAGUGAAUAGUUAAACGAACGAUUUUCAAAGUGUAAUCAACAAAUUGCAUAAAUUUACAAUUGUGCUCAAAGAACAAAAAGAAACUGACUUAACAUGGAAACGAUAGACGAUCCGUAUCUGAGGCAUCUUUUCGAUGGACCUGCUCUAUUUAAUGUGUACAACGAAAAUGCCACAAACUUGUCAGUUGGUGCCCCCGGUCCUGACCUGCUUCAAAACCUUCCGAAUAUGAUAAAGAGAGCAACGGACCAUAGACUGGAAGAAGAAAACAAAGAGGGAAAGUACUAUCUCUUCCAAUACGGCCCCACUGCAGGUUUAUGGGAGUGUCGCGAAGAAUUGGCAAUGUUUUUAACCAGGCGAUACGGUGAUCCAGUGAAAAGAGAAAAUUUGAUCAUGACCUGCGGGGCCACGCACGGUCUCCAGCUCCUGUUAAACACCGUUCUCUCGCCGAACGGAGUAAUUUUCGUAGAAGAGGUCACUUACAUGAUUGCCUUGGAUAGUUUCAAACAAUUUCCACUGGUGAAAAUAGUGACAGUUCCGAUGAAAAAUGAUAUAGUAGAUUUAGAUGAAUUUGAAAAGAUAGUUGCCGAGGAGAAAAAUAAUGGUAAAUUUCUGCUCAACAAACAGAAGAUAUUUUGGGCUAUGUUUUAUACUAUUCCUACUUUUCACAAUCCGACUGGUACCACUAUGCCUCCAGAAACUUGCAAGCGGUUGGUUGAAAUAGCGCGUGAACAUUCUAUAAUGGUUGCUUGCGACGAUGUAUAUAAUGUACUUUACUAUGGAGAUGGUUCUCCACCCCAUCGAUUAUUCUUCUAUGACGAUCCAAUGGAUCCCGGGUACAAAGGUGGUACCAUAGUAUCGAAUGGAUCAUUUUCGAAGAUUCUCUCACCAGCAAUCCGUUGCGGUUGGAUGGAAUGUUCUCCGCGGAUAGCAAAGAUAUUCAGAUCAUCGGGGAUCCUAACUAGCGGUGGUGCAGUCAAUCAUUACGUUUCUGGUGUCAUCACGAGUUUACUUCACCUAAAGAUUCAAGAUGAGUACCUUGACAAACUAAUUCAGGUUUAUAAAGAACGAUUAGCAACAUUAUGUGAUGUAUUAAAUCGGUAUUUACCAAGAUGUUGUUCAUACAAACGACCAGAAGGCGGUUAUUUUGUAUGGAUCCACCUUCCACCAGGAGUAAAUGGUACUGAUUUUAUCAAAUGGUGUCAAGAAGAGUACAAAGUAUCUGCUAUACCAGGAGUACGAUUUUCAUACACAGGAAAAUACCACAAUUUUCUACGACUCAGUAUUGGAUUUCAUACAAAAGAGACUUUACAAACUGCUUCCCAGACUCUCUGCAAUGCCCUUCUGCAUUAUGUCAGAAGUAAUACUUAA